UACCCAUGUGCCCAACGGUCAUCUUUUAUACCUUCGUUGCUGAGAGUAUACUGUAAAACAAUUCUUUCUCCCUCCCAAACCCAUCAAGAAAUAUUUUCUAAAAUAAAAUAUACCUAUCCAUCAAGAAAUCAUCCGUUAUUAUAAAACAAGAAAUCAGAGGAACCCACAUUUGAAAACCGGAAAGAAAAAGAAUUCCAUUGUAUUCUUCAAAGAACCUGUAGUGAAUUCAAGAAAAAGCACAAAAUGGAGGGUUCUGAUAAUGGAUUUUCAUCAUCAAACACUCCCAGAUCUCCUCUGGUUCCAAAAUCGUCACCUUCAGGUUCAGGAGAAAACAAUGAGAAUGAUACAAGUCAAGACCAAAUGAAUUCCAAGUUGCAUAACCCCAAGAAACUAGUAGCAAAACAUUUUAUGUCACCCACUAAAUCUGCAUCUUCAAAGAUCGCAUUUUCAAAAAAGAAAAUUCUGGCUGAGAGGAAUGAAAAUUCAAGCUUUUCGGAUACCCAAAUUCGGAAAUCUCCGGAUCUGGAAAUGAAAAAUAGCCCCUUAAAUUCGAGUAUUGGUCACUCUGGUCGAUCUUCAUCUUGGUUUAUUCCAUCUAAUAAUUGUGCUCCUGGGUCAAAUGAUAAUGGCGUUGUGGCUGAUUCAUCUUUGAAGCCUUAUGACCCUUACACAAAUUACCUCUCCCCAAGGCCUAAGUACCUGCGGUAUGAUCCCAACAAACGGCGUAUGAUCUUUCACCGUAAACUAAGUGAGAGCAGAGAGGGAAAAGAUGGUACAGAAAUUCAGAAAGGUGUUGGGGAUGGUAUGGUAGAGGAGGAGGAGGUAGAAGAAGAAGAAGAAAGGGAGGAGUUUGAGGAAAAAGGAUGGAGUUUGAGAGGAGUAUUGAAAUUUCUGCUGAUAUUGUUUGUCUGUUUUCUGUCAAAGACAUAUGUAAGUUCUAUGAACUCUUCAGCACUAUCACCAAAUCUACAAACCGUUUCGGGUUUCAAAGAUGAAGCUGCAUAUUUGGAAGUGUAUGGAGAUGGUUUCUUGGAAGUGGAGGAGAGAGAGAGUGGACUUGGGGUCCAUAAUAUACUAAUGGUCAAAGAGGAUGAUAAUUUGGACAUGGGGGAUAAGAAUACCAAACCUUAUGAAUCUGAGCAUGAUUCUGAAGUGGGUAAGAAAGGCGAGCUUGAUAAUAUAAAAAUGGGUGAAGUCUAUAACAUGGAAAAGGUCAAGAAUAGUGAGGCAGAAUUGGCUGAAGUCGAUAAUGUGGAAAGAGUUGAGACUAGUGAGGCUGCAAUGGUUGAAAAUGAUGUGUUGCACAUGGAGGAUAGUAAAAAAGAGUCUGUUGAAUAUGACUCUGAUAGUGAAGUAGUUAAGACUUGUGAAGUUUUCAAAGAGGUGCCACUCGCGGUAGUUGCCAAAAGCAAGGAUAUAGAAGGUGGUGAAGUCGAGUACAUAGCAGAUGCAAAAAUUACUCCAAGUGAUGAUGCCGGUGGCAAUGAAUUGGUGAAAGAAGUUGAGGGUUCUGACCAGUUGAAGAAGCCUAUGACAUUCCAAGAGGAGCAGACACCACAGAAUACGGAAGGGGUGAAGCAGCCUAAUAUGGAACUUAUAGAAUCACAUGAACUGCCUGUCAACUUGGUCGAUGAAGUUGAUGAAGAAUUUUAUGACGACAGUGAAACAAAGAAAGUUGGAUCUAAUAUCCUAGUUGUUACUGGAGUUUUUACUUUCUCCAUAAUGUUGGCAUCUCUGUCUUUUUUCUGUCGUUCAAAGAAAGGUAAAACUACAUCUAUGCUAAAUCCACUUACAUCUAUAGUAGAGGAUGAAGUAGCACGAGGACCUCCUGUACUGGAAGUCGAAGAAGAGCUAAUUGAGAAGACAAUGACCCUGGAAGUUCCAGCUGAGGAGGAAGAGCACAUUAGAAAGGAAAUUAUAUAUUCCAUUAGGCCUUUAUCCUUGUCUAGUUCAAUAGCAGAAGCAACUAAAGAAAUCGGCAGUUACAUCCAUGCACCAACCAUUGAAUUGCUAGGAGAAUUUGUGAUUAAAGAAGUAGGCAGCUCCCACGGGAAAAUACCAGCAACUGAAUAUGAAGAGAGCAAUGCUUCUCAAAAGGGGUUAAAAUCUUGUCCAGAUUAUGUUCCAUCUCAGCCAUUCUCAUACGUUUCUACUAAAGAUUCGCAGGCAUAUGGAAGCUUUACUGAUGAAAGGAAGAUUUUAAAGAAAGAGGGAGGCAAAGAUGGAGAAUCCAAGAUAGAAUUAACUACUCCAGUUAGGCGGUCGAGUCGACUUCGCAACCGCUCAGUCGUGUCUCCAUGAGUAUUCAUCACUCUUCCACUGGACUAAGUGAAAAGACCUGUUUACUUCUGUCAACUUUCUUUUAUCUUCCUACAAUCUGUGCAGGAUAUGAUUACUAGAUUAGAUUGAUGUUUCUUAAUUCAGAUAAUUAGUCUAGAUUUGUUUCUGAAAGUGGUAGUUAUAAUCCAUCUUCCAUUUUGCUAUUCCUUUUUAA